UUUAACCGACGAGUAAAUUAAGCAUCAAAAGUUUGCCAGCUGAAAUGGCCCAAGCAGAGAGAUCCGCAGGUUGCCGUUGUAACCCGUAACUAAGGCAACCGCGAUUGACGUGACUCGCGGGAGUAUAAACGUAAAAAGAGCCCCCAAACAACCCAUACAUCCGUGAAACAACCCGGACUGCUUCCCUCUCUAGUUUGUGACUUUUAGUGGCAGCUUUUGUGUAGAAUAUGGAGAGACAUAACGUGGGAAAAGAAAGGCUUAUAGUACCUACUGAUUUUACCACACCAGCAGUUUCAAGGAAUAACCAGGAGGAGCUGGUACCUCCAUCACAUUUCGCAUCAAGUGCCCAGUCUGCUGGUGCACACAGAGGCGUUCAAAUCGCAGGUACACCGCUACCCAUCUCCUGGAUAAACCCAGGUGUACCAUCAGUACCAUCAGGGGAUCCCAGUCCUGCCAAUCCAUGGCUCGCCAUCACUCAGGCCCAACAGGAAAUCUUGGAACUGAGGAAGGAAAAUCAGAGGAUCAUGGUGUUACAAGGAGACAGUAUAAGAGGAAGGAUCCCUGUGGAUCACCCGUCAGACCUUAGGGCGAGAUGCGCAGAGAGAAGUGAGCAGUGGUCCAGACGGGAGUCAGAGUGGCGUCUGGAGUCAGAGAAGCACAAGGCCGAAGCUGAGAGGUUGAAGGGGCAGGUGGAGGCCCUGAAGGAGACUGCAGGGAGACACAGGGAAGAGAUGAGAGAAAGAGAGAGCACCCUCAACAGACAGAGCCAUGAGUCGGAAGCAAUGCGUGAAGAGCUAUGUAAGGCUAAGACUGAGCUCAGCCAAAUCAGAAUGGAGCUCACCCACAGCAGCACACAGAAGGAUAAAAUAAGCUCACAGCUCGAAAGACUAAAUGGAGAGUCUGGUGAGGAAAUUACAAAGCUGAGGAGAGAUGUAGUGAGGAGCAAAGAGGAAGCCCAGGCGCUCAGUUUGAAGGCUGAAAUGGCCAGGUUACAGGCCGUGGAGGAGGCUAAAAAGCAAGCUCUUACACUGUCAGAACAAUUGGAGGAAAUGCAAAAGAAGCAGGAGGAGGAGCUGCAACAAUUGAAUGCUUCCCACUGUGCAGAGGUGGGUGCUGCAAGAAAUACAAACAGUGAACUACAGGGCAGACUUCAAUCGAUGACCUCAGAAGUGCUGCAGCUAAAAAGCACUCUGAUGGAGGUCUCUACUGAGAGAGAUGGGCUGAAAGAACAUUUAAGCCAAAUGGGACAAGCUUUUGAGACACAAUCGGCAACGCUGCACAGCCUCAGAAAUUACAUCGGCCAGCUUGCCCCAGAGAAACGGGAGAAGGAACAAUUAAAUGAAGCUGUUGAGAGCCUGAACAAAGAGAAAGCAGCUCUUCAGAUGACUACAGAGCUUUUGACCAUCAGGUUUAACUCUGUGAGUGAGAUACUUGCCCUCCAAGAAGAGAAAAUUGUGAAGAAGACCUCGACAGACCCACUUGUGAAGAAUGGAUCUGAAGGUCUUCGAGUGCUUCAGCUCUGGAGGGACAAAGUGUUCAAGUUAUGCAUCCAGCUUCGCUCGAAGGACAUAGAACUAAGAGGAGAGAAGGACAAACUUCUUUCAAAAGUCAGAGUCACGGAACAGCAGCUCCAACAGGAGCAGCACCGGGCUAGUGUGCUUCAACACAGUCUGGAUGACAGGAUAGCUGAGCUGGACCUGGAGAGAGUAGAAAAAGAGAUACUGAAACAGCACUUGGUCCAGGAGCAAAAGGAAAACUCACAGCUAAAGUCACAGAGCCAGAAGGAAGAGGCUGAACUAAAAAUCCUGACAGAGGCAGUGCGUAGAUUCAGUCUGGCAUUUGAUAACAAGGUGGCAGAAGUGGACGCAGCUCAAGCAAGGCUCAACACUUUCACCCAGAGGCUAACUUUUGCUAAAAGACGAGUGGAGACAAUCCAAGGUUUGAUGAUGAGGAGGGUGGCUCUGCAGAAAGUUCAGCAGGCCAGUAAACAGACAGAACAAGCUGCUGACAGCAUCACAAACCUUCAGACAGAGCUUAGCUUGGUGUGUGAAGAGAGAGACAAGCUCACACAGGAGCUCAAAAGAACCCCGGAGCUCAUCGAGAGAGCUCUGGCUGAUCUGAAAGAACAGUAUGAAAGCAAACUAAGGCGGCAGCAGCAGCUGGCGCUGGAGCAGAGCUGGAUGGAGGUCCGGCAGGCUUUGGCUGGCAGAGAGGAGGCCGACCAGAGCCUGCAGCAGAUCCAGGCCCAGCUGGAGGAGAGCAAGGUCAACUUGGAGAAACUCCGCUCUGAGCUGCUCAGCCAGCAGGAGCACAGCGAACGUGCCCUGCAGGAGAGAGUGUCUGAGAUCGAGGACUGCUGUGCUGAGAAGCUGAGAGCAAUGGAGGUUCAUGUCAAUACUGCCAGGAGAGAGCACACCAAAGCAGUUAUGACUUUGCGGCAGUUUGAAAGAGAGGCGGCAAGGAAACCAGAUGAGAUGAGAGAAAAUCAACAACACACAAAUAGGGAAAUCCACAAUAAACAACUGAAGGAGAUGGAUACAGACAGAAAACUACAGCUGGCCACCGUUGCUGAGAGAAGGCUGACAAGUGAGUAUACAAGAGCUCACACAACAGCGCUACAAAACUCUGCUGCUCCCAGAGAACAUGGAGAAAAACACUCAGAGAGGAGUCGCUCUGUGGGAACCAAAGUCCAAGUACCUGCAGAUGGGAGACUUCUGUCUGUUUUGGAGGAGCUCCAUUCUCUGAGUGCUGUGGUGGUAAACAGCUCUGAGGACUCUGUGGAGGAGGAGGAGGGACAGAGUGACAGCGUGGGACCAUCCACAGGCAGUCUGCACAGCUGAUACCUGAUGAUGACUCACCGGAGCCAGCGAACGCACCUUUCAUUUGUACAAAAGGUGGGCAGUGUUGAAAACACACAGUCAGUGGAAACAAUUUGUUUGAGCCAAACAUCAGACAACCACGCAUGUCACAGUGCUACUGGGUGUAUAAGAAGAAUGAUGACUGUCCAGUGCAGACACACAGUAUGUUUGAAUUUAACUCAAACAUAAAUUUAAGUUUAUCAAAUUCUUCCAAUAUGUUUGCAUCUACCUCCAGGAUUACUUUUAAUUACAGAGAAUACUGGAAAUACAUUGAUGGACAUAGUAUUUAACUCAAAGUGGAAUGAAAGGUUUAAAGUGGUACAAUACUUAGUGAUAUAUUCAGUAACAUAUUAUGUUCACAAAAAAAUCAAGAAAAACAGAACAGAACAUAAUGAUAAUAAAAAAACAUAAUAACAAAAUAAUAAAAAAUCCCAAAUAAAUAAUAAAUAAAAAGACAAGCUAAAAAAGGAAAAGAAAAAAAAUAGUUGGCUAUCAGAUAUGUAUAUACAAUUAAAAACUUGCAAGGCAGAGAGAGCUAUAUUAAGGGAAAAUAGCUAAUUCAGAUUUUUUCUUUUUGGAAGUCUGUUCUGUUGACUUUGAUCCUUGAAGUUUAUGUGAUGGUCCAAGUAUUCAUUUGUUAUGCAAAGAUGUGUAUUACUUUUCAGUAGAACUUAAUAAAGUAUUUUUUAUUGCAA